ACCAACCAACCACACACGCUGUAGUUGAUCUGUCUAAAUUGUGAAUCAAAAUUUCCGCGGAAUCUCUUAAAAUGAACACUGCAGCAUCAAGUUUGAGACCAAAUUUUAGACUGCUUACUCUUGGAAGAAGGUUGUCUAGAAAUAUUGAUGAAGUACACACACCCUUAGCAGCCAGGAUAAGACUUCAUCAUUCAUCCAGACCAUUCAACGCCAACACACCAAGAGUGAUUGCCUGUACAAGACAGUACAGCAAUGGAGCUAUCCCAGCCCCUUCCAGAGAUAAUGAACCUAAGCAGUACCCGGAAAAGAUCUCCUCACUCGUCGAUCAGAUAGCAGCAUUGAAGUUAUCAGAAGUCAGCGAUCUCAACGAGUUACUAAAGAAAACAUUGAACAUUCAAGAUGCUCCCAUGAUGGCCGUUGGAGCAGCGCCAGCAGUAGCAGCAUCAGCUGAACAGGAAGAUGACGAGGGAGAUGUGGUGAAGGCCCCAGAGAAGACUCAGUUUACAGUCAAACUGAACAAGUUUGACGAUACCAGUAAAGUAAAGCUUAUCAAAGCCAUUAAAGCUCUUACAUCAGGAAUGAAUCUAGUACAGGCCAAGAAGUUUGUGGAGUCGGCCCCUCAGGUUGUCAAGGCUGAUGUUGGGAAGACGGAAGCGGAAGAGAUCAUGAAACAGUUAACAGAAGCAGGAGGAACUUGUGAGAUAGAAUGAUGGAACAAAACCCAGAUGGAAUUAUAUAUACAGCAACUUGUGCAUCAGUCCGUGGGAAUCCUCAGUAAUGGAGUGUCUUCUCCCCCCCAACGUCAUUCAUCCAUAUUUGUUGUUGCCUACAUUGGCAGAAUAUUUGAUGCACAUGUUCAAUCUGCGGCUGAUCAUAACAUAGUCUUGACUUAUGAUACAUCUAUAUGUAUGGAAAAUGCAUCUAAUGGACUGAUCAGCAAUGGAUUUAUUGUGAAUCCUUUGAUCAACGCACAUGGUACCAGAGACAACCAUCACUGCGGAUUCUCAUUGACUAAGGCAUACUAACUGUGAAGGUGAUUAAGAGACAGAUGGAGUGAUAGAAUGGGCACCUACAGGAACACUUACUGGAUUGAGAUCGGCAAGAUUGGCAUCAAAGAUUGAGAGCAGUGAUGUAGACGAGACCUUGGUUUCAAAACCAGGAGGAAAACCAGGGUUACAUCGAUGUAGCGUACAUCGUUUUGAUUGCAACCAAGAAAUGGUGAUAUCUUAAAGCAGGAACAAGAGGUUGGUCUUGACUACAUCACUGAUCGAGAGGCAACUGUCAAAAUGUCCUUUUAGUAGACUUUGUUAUUGUAAACGCUUAUCCAUUGGCAUUAAAAUGAAAUUUAAUUGAAGUUUUUUUUCCUUCAUAUUGACGGAAUUGCAGUUCAGAAUUAAAAUGUAGAGGACCCCCCCCCCCCCCCCCGCCCCCUCUAUAAGAUACUGUCUGCUGCAUGCUUGUUCAACUACAUGCAUGUCCUUCAUCAUUAACACCUCUCAAGCUCUCAGCAGACAAUAUUAAGAUAUGUCCUCAAAUGUCCUCAUGUCAUAAAAAUCAAAUUCUCCCUGUUUUUCUUUUCCAAGUAUGGACACCUGUAUACACAAAUGUAUUUCAAGUCUUUUAACUAAAAUUGUUGAAUGAAAGACCCAUAAAUGAAGGCUCACUUGAUCUGUAAUAGACGGGGAGAAAUGUCUUGUGUCAAAUAUUUCCUCUUAAAACAUGGUUAUUUGUUUAUACAUAUUCUACUAUGAAAGAUAUUAGGUCCAGGUUAAGAUAACAUCCUAUUCAUCAAGAAAUUGAAUCAAAGAUUAUAGUUUUCCGGAUGAAUGGCCAGUUUAAUUAAUUGUCAUACCAGAGGGUGACAUGGAUAAAUACAAGGCGAAAUGACAAUUUCUCUGUCAAUUUCUCUGUCAAUUUCUCUGUCAAUUUCUUGUUCAUUAUGGUAUUCAAAUGAAAUAGUUAUCAUGGGAAAUAAUUCAUUUGGAGAUUCAAGUUCAGGUUUUAGUUUUAAUGAAAUUGAUUAAAAUGUUGCUUGAAUACAAAUACAUAUAAAAGUCAUGUACUUGAUUAGUAUAAACCUCUAUCUGCAGUUGCAAUCAUUGGUUAUGAAGAGAAAAGUUUUGCACGUUGAUACUAAACGUCAUGUACACACAAGUAUUAUCAUAGCAAUUCAUCUUGUAUUGAUUUUGGGUUGAUUGAUUUGUAUCCCUAAUGUACAGGAGGAUUUGACGAAGAAGAACGACUAAAUUCUUGUUCAGGAAAAACUGUUGUGUGUGCCCUUCUUUAACUUCCAUCAUAUUUACAAGGCAUGAAUCAUGCUUCUUUUGUACAUUUAAGAAAUUAAAUGAAAACAUUUACAAAAUA